AAGAAGAAGAAGAAGAAGAAGAAGAGCAAAAAGAACAACAAGAAGAAGAACAAGGAGAACAAGUAGAAGAAUCCUCCAGACUCCUCGUCUCUGUUCUCUCCGCGAUGCUCUUCAUGAAUCGACUGAGCCGACUGGGUGCACAGCAGCUUCUGGAAGGCAAGUCUUCCAAACCAGUGCACAAAACCACUGUAGCCCCCAUGAAACCCACCGAGUGAGUGACAUCAGUCAAUAUUUCCGAGCAGACAGGACCCUCGUCAUACCACAACUUUCUUUCCAAAUUAAGGUUUCAUCGACUAAUUAAAGAGGUGGUUGCUAAGAGAUGAUGAUCUGUGACAUUGUUGAAAGCCUCUGAUGUACAGCAGCCUGAAGCUCCACUUCUCCGGGAUCUCUCUUUUUUUUUUUCUUUUUUUUUAUCUUCCCUGCACCCCUGUCUGCACCAGGCUCAUGUGAAGUGACACCACAAACGCUUUUGGAUCAACGUGAGCACUAUGGCGGCUUUUACUGUUCCCUGUGCCAUCACCAGCACCGAGACCACCACUGCAGCCAGGACUGCAAGCAAGCAAAGACACGGAGGCAACGGGGAGAGUGGGGACAUGGGACAAAACACCUUUGUGGAGAAGACCCAUGAGUUUUUCCAGAUGUGUGACAUCGAGAAUAAGGGCUUCAUCACCCGGCGUGACAUGCAGAGGCUGAACGGCGAGCUCCCGCUCAGCGCAGAGGAGCUGGAGAACGUGUUCGAUACCCUCGAUUCCGACGGCAACGGAUACCUUUCCCUGGACGAGUUCUCCUCAGGCUUUAGUGGGUUUUUAUUUGGCCGGAGGGUUUCUGUGGAGGAAGACAUGGGGGACCAUAACCCCGGGAAGAGUUCACCAGAGGUCCUGUACCAGACGCAGUGGGAGGAGAACCUGACGAGAGGAGACGAGGAUGAAGAGGAGAAACACUUCUGCAUGCUAAUGGAGAGCCUCGGAGCCAACAGUGUUUUUGAAGAUCCGGCUGAGGUGCGUGCUUUGUGGGCUCAGCUGCGUCGGGAUGAACCACAUCUUUUAUCCAAUUUUGAGGACUUCUUGGCCAGAGUGACAUCCCAGAUCAAAGAGGCCAACCAGGAGAAGAGGGAGAUGGAGAGCGCUCUCCAAAGAAAAGCAGCAACACAUGACGAUGAGAUAAGACACCUGUAUGAAGAAAUGGAGCAGCAAAUCAAAAAUGAAAAAGACAGGAUCGUGCUGCAGGACUACGAGCGGUUUCUGUCUCUGAGUCAAGACCUGGAGCUGCAGCUGUCCGGUAAAGAAAAAGAGUUGGAGCAUCUCUUCCAGAAACAGAGAGGGCUGGAGCGUCAGUGCAAGGACCUUCACAGCGAACAACACGUGACCAAAGUGGAGAACGUGAAGCUGAAGCAGACAAAUGACGAGUUAGCACGGGAGCUGGAUCACACCAGCCAGGAGCUGAGCAUGGCCCAGGAGCAGCUGGGUUUCCUGCAGGAGCAGUCCACACGGCUUCAUGAGGAGAAGGAGAUGGAAAUUUACAGACUGACUGAGGGACUGCAGAGAGAGCGAGCGAGUCUCCUCAAACAACUGGACCUGCUGAGGGAAAUGAACAAACAUUUACGAGAUGAAAGGGACAUUUGCUAUCAGAAUCCAAAGAAUCAUAAUUCUUCACCAGGUUUGAAGCAGAGGCCGCUAAUCGGUACUGUCAAACAAACUGACAGAAACGUCUUCAAAAGUGAAGAUGAGGAGGAGCUGACGUCCAGCUCUGUGAGGCAGAAUCGUACCAAUCGGCCACAUCAGCCGCUCUGCCCAGCGGAGACGAGAGGUCACCUCCAGAGGAUCAUCUCCAUUGAAGAGGACCACCUCCCACACCUGCUCCAGAAUGACUGUCAAGCUCAAAAUCCUCUUCAGGAGUGUAGUGAUCUAGAGGAGGCCUUCGACAACGAGGAGAAUAUUGACUUGGUCAUGAGCGAUAUUUAUCCGUGUGCGUCUUCUGCCCUGCAGCAGCGGCAGGGAAAUAUGGAGGGCAGAAAAACUCCCACUUCUCCAAGGGGUCAGCCUGUUGGCAAGGAGACCAGUGUAAAUGAGGAAGGUGGCCCCUCGCCUCCUGACCGCCUCUUCAAGAUCGUUCUGGUGGGGAACUCGAGUGUAGGAAAGACCUCCCUCCUUCAGCGAUUUUGUGACAACUGCUUCCACUCUGGCACCUCUGCCACUGUGGGUAUAGACUACAGUGUAAAGACAAUAGUAGUGGACAGCAGCCAGGUGGCGCUGCAGAUGUGGGAUACAGCAGGACAGGAGAGGUAUCGGAGCAUCACCAAACAGUUCUUUCGCAAGGCUGACGCCGUUAUUGUGAUGUACGACAUCACAGCACAGCAGAGCUUCACUGCUGUCAGACAGUGGCUGACGAGUGUAAAGGAAGGGGCUGGAGACGACAUUCCCAUCAUGCUUUUGGGAAACAAAACAGACAAGGAGAUUGAGAGACAAGUUCAGAAAGGUCUGGGUGAAAGACUAGCCAAGGACUGCCAAAUGGCUUUCUUUGAGUGCAGCGCCUGCUCAGGACACAAUGUGAUGGAGUCCAUGGUUCAUUUAGCCAGAAUUCUGAAGGAACAAGAGGACAGAGAGAAGGAGAAGACUGUCCUGCUCAGCAGCCCGUCAGCGAAGAGUAGAUCCUGCUGCUAACAGUUAAUAGUCAACACACACACACACACACAGCAGCACUACCCUUUACUAACAGACACGCUGUGACAGUAUCACCACACGUCAGUGAGGAGACGUUAUGUCUAAUGUCAGCACUAGUGGUUUUCACCUGCUCCUCAGCCUCAUAGCAAAAACAUCACAAUAUCUACUGUCAAGUGUCAGAUGUUAUUGUACUGUUACAAUAUUCUUCUAUAUAUGAUUUGAAGUAAUUAGGUUAAAAAUUACUUCAAAUGUAUUUUUCAUGAAGAUGCAGAAAAGUAAGAUUAUUAUAUCAAUGUUAGAAACGGUCACAUUGAUAUAAAAAUAAUUGAACUAAUCUUUUCCACAGACUUUCAACACUUCUUCAGUUUUUAAAAUUCAACAUAAAUAUUCCGUCACUGACUGAAACCCUCAAAUAUUUAUGAAAUGCCCUUUAUCUGUGAAUUUUGGCAUUUUACUGUGUGUAUUCAUGUAUUCAUUCGUCCAGUGUUGUGUGUACAUUUUUAGCUGUUUUGCUUUGUCACUUUGUGUUCACAUCCAGAACAUGAAAACAGACGUGUGAAUUAUCUUCACGGCUGUAGUGAAGCUGUAGUUGUUCAGUUUCUGUUGACAUUAUGUCAGAGGGGAGUUCAUUUAAUUAAUGUUUGUGAUACUGCAGGAUAAUAUGUCUCAGUUUCAAAUGAUCAAACAGCACAGAACAGAGGUAAUGGACUGAAGACAGAUUAUUAGUUUCAAUUCAGAGGAUCAAAUGUAGUAUUUUUUCUUUGCUAUUAUAUAUAAUAUCAUUAUAUUUUACACGUGUUCAUGUUGUAAAUUGUACAGUAAUUUGUAAAGAGUUAUUCUCAGUUGUGUUGAAACAACGCAGACGUUUUCCCUCUCAGACCAAAUGAAGCUUCACUGCACACAAUAUUUAUUUUGUAUCCCAAUAAUCUGCCUCAGUGUUGAAUCAAACAGAAACAGGUGAUGUUGUCAGUGUGUUACAGGGAAGUCACCGCUGCACCGGGGGUUGGGUUUUACUCUUUGAUAUUCACUAAUAGUGCUCCACUACUGCCAGUCUCUUGUACAUCACUUUAAUGUAUAUACAAAAAUGUAAAUAGCACAAAACAAAAAAUAAACAAAUGUGUCCAUAUUAUAUGUAAAAGAA